AUGACGGCUACAGUAGUUCCUCAGAUGACAACGACAAUGACAAUGACAUCGAUGGCCGAGAAGUCGAAACAGAAGAAAGAGCCGAUGAAGUCGCCGAUUGAGGAUACUGUAGAAAGGAUGCUCAAGAUUCGCUGGCUUGUUUGUCUUGGAGCGCUUCUCCCUGGAGCUGGAUGCUACUUUGUCGUCGCCUACACCUACGUCUUCCAAUUUGAAAAAGUCUCAAACUUCACUGAAUGUAAAGAAUGUCCCAAUUUGAACAUAACCUUACCUCCUGUCUCGUACUCGAUUGGCAUCUGGUCUCCUCAGAAAUACAUCUGGAUGAUGAUAAUGUUCAUCCAUCUACCUCCUCGACUUGCGUUCCUGACGCUUUACCGCCGUUUAUUCCUCAUCUCUGCUCCAAAAUCUCAAUGGUACUCUAGAAUCAACUACAUCUACAUGCUCACACUGUGGGCGGAGCCGUUCGGACUGAUUUUGGUUUCUGUUGUGGACAUUAAUGGAGGAUUUAUCCUCCAUGCCCUUGGAUUUGCCAUCUGGAUCAUUUGUUUCAACUUCAAUAUGCUCUUCAAUAUUUUACUCCAUCAUUUUGGAGGAUGUAGAGAUGUUCACGAUAGGAUGGAAACCACGUGGCGGAUAAAGUGUGUCAUCUUCCUCAUUGGAUACUUCUGUGCGAUUUCUACACCUAUCACUUAUCCAUAUUUCACGGCUCAUUGUUCUCCGUUUGCCUACAACCUAUUCUCCCUUGCUGAACUUAUCGAAGUUGGCUGCAACUCCAUCUUCUACGCAAUCGCCUACUUCGAAUUCCCAAAAACUCGAAUCAUAAUCGGAAUCAAAAGUGUUCAACGAAAUUUGGAUCAAUUGGGCAAAAUGGCUCCGGCUCUUCCACACAAAGAUGCCGUUUGA